GAGAACUCUGCACUGUUUACAGUCAUCACUGAAGUUGCCGGGUAGGAAGAAAACACGUUGAUUGAAAAGGAUUCAUUUUCAUCAGUUUACUCCCUGUACAUAUUAUUGUAGAAAUGGCUGGGGAGAUGUCUGCAAUUGGAUCAUUCAUCUUGGCUCUUCUCCUGGCCGGCUAUCUGGGACAACAAUUUCUUCCUCCUCCCAAGCCGAAAGUGAUAGGGUUAGACCUCGGCACUACAUUUUGCUCUGUAGGGGUGUUCCACGCAGGUAGCGGUGAUGUGGAGGUGCUUGGAGACGAGGAGAAUCGGAAGAGCAUCCCCAGUGUGGUGUCAUUCACUACUACAGGUAUCUAUGUCGGACAUGAUGUCCAGGACUUGGUCGACAGCAACCCUCAAAACACCAUAUAUGAUGCUAAGAGAUUCAUUGGAAAGGUUUUUGAGCCUGAUUCUUUGAUCGCAGAAAGUGCUAGAUACCCAUUUCAGGUGAUGAAUAACAAUGGAAGUGCUGAGUUUCUCAUCACCACCAACCAGACUUUCACAGUCAGUCCAGAGUACAUUGGAUCCCGGCUGCUGUUGAAGAUGAAGAAGAUGGCUGAGGAGCAAUUGGGCGUCCCUAUUCACAAAGCUGUCAUCUCUGUGCCUGCAGAGUUUGAUGAGAUGCAGAGAAACUACACGAUAAGAGCAGCCAACAUGGCAGGGCUCGACAUCCUUCGGGUAAUUAAUGAGCCCACAGCAGCCGCAAUGGCUUACGGGUUGCACAAGGUGGAUGUGUUUAACGUGCUGGUGGUGGACCUAGGUGGGGGCACGCUGGAUGUGUCUCUGCUUAACAAACAGGGGGGCAUGUUCCUCACCAGGGCCAUGGCAGGUAAUAAUAAACUUGGAGGACAGGACUUCAGCCAGAGACUCCUCCAGCAUGCCUCAGAGAGGGUGAGGCAGCAGUAUGGAGUUGCUCCCACCCUGAAGGAGGACAUCCACCGCUUGAGGCAGGCUGUGGAGGAAGCCAAGCUGAAACUCACGGUAGAGUCCAGCACACUGCUGCAUGUCCCCCUGCGGCUGCAGACCCAGGGGCCCCACGGGCCUCAGGACAAGCCUAUUGUCUUCCAGGAGCCCAUCAGCCGUGAGCUAUUUGAAGAAUUGAACAUUGACCUCUUCCAGAAAAUCCUUACACCCAUCAAAACUGUGUUAGAGGAGGGGCACCUGAGCAAGGAAGAGGUCGACGAGAUUGUGCUAGUGGGGGGCUCAACUAGGAUACCUCGCAUCCGCCAGCUCAUCGCAGAGUUCUUUGGAAAGGAGCCCAAUACCUCAGUGGACCCAGACCUGGCAGUGGUGACUGGAGUGGCCAUCCAGGCGGGCAUCAUGGGUGGGUCAUGGCCUCUGCAGGUCAGUGCCAUGGAGAUACCAAAUCACCACCUCCGCAAGAAGAACUUCAGCUGAUCUUAGCUGCAGUUUACAUAAACCGGGAUUUCUGAGCGUAAUGGCUCAAUUCAGACAGCUACAUUCUGCCAUAGAGAUAAUUUGAUGUUUAAUACUGAGUAACAUUUUCUUUGACCUGCCUUUUAGAGCAAACUUAAAUGAUUAAUUCAAUAUCAGAUUGAAUCAUUUGUCAGCUUUGCACUGAGACAUUUCCAAAAAUUUCUAGAAGUGUGCAGUCAUAAAUAUCAUGUUCAAGGCAGAAUGUGCUAGUCAUAGCCCUUACUUACAGCAAACUCUUCUUUCACGCGCAUCCUCAGUUUUUUAAGUACAGGGGUGUAGGGGCAAGCUCAUGUCUGAAGGAAUCCAGAUGGGGAAAUAAUGACUUAGCAUGUCUACCUUGUCUACCUUGUCAUUGAUAUGCUUUACCAGGGCAGGUAGGAUUCACUGUUUUUUUUGUUGCAGAAGCUACUGAAAUAGCCUCUCUCAAACUGUAACAACUUGAACUGCUGUAGUUGAAUGUCAGAAGCCGUCCUUGAAGGCUGUAUGUUUAUUUACCUAGCAAAUAUUUUGCAGCUGUCAUUCCAAUACAGCUUUCUAAGUUGGUAACCCCAGUGGUUACUGAUGUGGGAUCAGUGGGAAGGCUAAUAAUGAACAGGGUCCAAGAAAUGUUGUCAGCUAUUUAUUUAUUUAUUUAAAAAAAAUGUUUACUGAUGGACAGUUUCUGCUAAGCAUUGUGCUUGAUGUGCCUUUUCCGAUGACUUAUAUUGUGUGCUGCUUGUGUGCAUUGUGAGUGGCUUCUAAUUUGUGCAGAUCCUUGGGGAAUGUCUGCACAGUCCAGUGAGUGAAUUGUGAAGAUGUCAGUGAGUUGUGUGAGGAAAAGAAAUGUGUGCAGUGAUCCACUGCACCAAGUGAGCUAUCACAAAAGGACUGCAAUAAUUAUAGUAUCAGUGUUGAUGGUUGUGAUGGCCCAGAUCAUCACAUGAGGGCCAAAGAGAGGAGACAGUGUAUGUAAUUAUGGGUGGAAGAGAUGCCAGUGCCAUAUACAAGUUAAUUUAAUAUCAACUGUAAUGUAAUGUAGUAGUACUGUAAGAUGUAGAGUAAAUGUGUUUUCCACUGGUUCCAUAACAUAACUGGACCGUCAUCAUUUGCCUACAUACAAAUGCCCAUCAAUGCCUGUAACGUAUUCCCAUGUGUAUUUUUACAGUAUGUUCAUGUCCGUCACAUUAGAGUGGGACCACUUUUAUGUGAAUCAAUGCAAUGGAGUCAGUAAUUAUGGCACAGGCAACAGAAGACAUUUUCAUGACAAAAGAAAUAUCUAUUUUUGUAUUGUCUGCAAAAAAAAUCAUCUAUUGUUCAGCUAAAAAUCUGAUGUUUAAAAAUGUUAAUUAAAGAUGAAU